AUAGUUGGCUGUGAGGAAGUUGAUUUAAAAUGACAGGAUUAUUUCCAUUCUUUCUUCUUGCUAUUGUAGUAGGAAUCGAAAGUUUCUCUUUAGUCAAAGAAGAUAACAGUAUAAUAGAUGUGACUGUCGACUGUGGGGCUAAUCAAGCAGCGAACAGUGCAGUAUUAAAUAUCCUGACAGACGUAGAUAUAUCGGCUAUUGCUAAAUGUAAAAAUGGUGAAAAGUCGUUUAUUACCACAGAUUCUGUACAUUACACUCUACCAGCAACCUUAACAACUCGUGAUAACCUCUGUGAAUUAAACGAAAAAGAUGGGUCUGAUAAUUUUGACAUUGAGGUAGAGGUACAUUACGGUGAAUUGGAUGGUUUGAUUCUGACCAAAACUAAACUGGUUACUGUAGUGUGUACUUAUUCUGAUCAUGGUAAAGAUGACAGUGGUCAACAUUCUAUAAGAGAUGGACCACAAGCCUACAUAGAAAAACAAACUUUCGUUGGUGCAUCAGUUCCAAAAGCUGAUUUAUCUUUAAGUAUUCAAACAGUCGACGAUCAAGAUGCUGUCGGCUCGAUUGCUUUCGAUAGAAGAUAUUCCUUAUUCGGCUCAUAUACUGGUGCUCAGCAAAAUGUGGGAUUGAAACCAGUAAGUUGUGAUGCGAUUUCAGACGAUGGAGAACGUUACGCAGUUUUAACAGCCGGAUGUGGUGAUGGGUUUAUAUUUGACCGAGCAGAUGGUUUUGUAACAACUGGUAAAACAUUUAGAAGCCCAUAUUUCUUUGCAUUCCAUUUAGCCAACAGUGGAAAUUUGGCCUUUGAUUGUAAUGUAACCUUGUGUUCUCCAAACUGUGAAGGUACAUCCUGUGAAACUGUUUGUGGUCCUGUGACUUCGUUUGUCAUCCCAAAUAUUCAAUUAGAACAAUGUACUGGUAACAAUAAAUAUCAAGACACCUGUUCGUUUAUUUGUAAUGAUGGUUAUGAUAAAAGUGGUGUUGCUAUAUCUACUUGUGGUGCUGAUGGAAUUUGGACUGUUCCCGACAUAACAUGCCCACCCAAAGAUUGUGGAGCUGUUUUACCGGAAGGAACCAUGUCGACAGGAAAUGCAGCAAGUGGUACCACAUACCCAAAUGUAGCAGACUACACCUGUAAUGAAGGAUAUACAACGUCAACGGGUAAAGCCCAGAUCCAGUGCUUGACGACAGGGAAGUGGGAUGCUGCUAGUGUUCUCAAUUGUGUGGCCAGAGAUUGUGGAGCUAUUUUACCGGAAGGAACCAUGUCGACAGGAAAUGCAGCAAGUGGUACCACAUACCCAAAUGUAGCAGACUACACAUGUAAUGAAGGGUAUACAGUAUUAUCGGGUAAAGCCCAGGUCCAGUGCUUGGCGACAGGGAAGUGGGAUGCUGCUAGUGUUCUCAAUUGUGAAAUUGAAGACUCCUGUGAUCCAGUCAACAGAGAUCCAGUCCCUGAUCCAAAAGACUGCAAGAAGUUUAAACAAUGCUCUGAAGCGGGUAUCUAUUUAUCGAUGAGAUGUCCAGAUGGACUUGGUUUCGAUGAGAAAUUGAAAGUCUGCAAUUAUUUUACUGAAAUACCAGAUUGCGAUGAACAAAAUUGAGCUUGCUUCAAAUUGUUAAAUAAAAAUGAUUUAACGAAAAUAGAUUCAACCAAUAUCUUAAUUAGAGACACCGAGUUGAUCAUAUUUCCAUAGUUCAGAGGGCAACAUUAUUAAGCACUGUGAAAUUUGAAUCUUAUUAAAGUUCUUGUGAUUCAACUCGUGUGUAGCUUGAAGGUCAUAAAUGUUACACUCGG